CGGUAGCCGUGGAGAGAGCGAGAGGGAACAGCUAGAAAAACAACAAUCCGAAGAAGGAAGGAAAAAGUCAAUAUAGACAGAUCCAGUGAGGCAUCAGAGCAAGCGCCAGUUUUCCUGCAAUAUAGGGACCACUUCCAGAACCAACGGCGACAAAUAGCCUAUCCGUUCAGGAUCGAGAAUCCAGAGGCAGGCCUAUUUCGGUAACACUCCGGUGCUCCUCCCCCCCGCAGGUAACACUCCCGUGCUCCUCCCCCCGCACCCUGCCUAAACCUCCUGAGGAUUGAGACGAACCAACCAACCAUGGCAUUCCCUUCUGACCUGGUCCCAAAUCUAUGGACUCUGAGUUUAUUGACACUACUGGCAGCCUCUGUUCAGAGCAACUUCAUUGUCUUUGACGAUGACCCCUUGCAGCCGGUGACCCAGGACGAGACAGCGUCUGUGGGCGGCAUGGUAACCCUGACCUGCCGGGUGGCAGCGAGUGACAACUCCUCCCUGCAGUGGUCCAACACGGCCCAGCAGACCUUGUACUUUGGAGAGAAGAGAGCUCUGAGAGAUAACCGUAUCCAGCUCAACCGGUCUACAGGCACAGAGCUGUCCAUCACCAUUGGAAAUGUGCAGCUGUCAGACGAAGGAGAGUACACCUGCUCUAUCUUCACAAUGCCUGUCCGCACUGCCCGCGCCACAGUCACCGUGCUAGGGGUCCCUGAUAAGCCACAGAUCUCUGGCUAUGAAGACACUGUCCAGGAGGGGGGUAAGGUCACCCUCACCUGCACCAGCUCUGGGAGCAAGCCUCCCGCCAAACUACGCUGGUACAGGAACCAGGAGGAACUUACAGGUCGUCCUGAUGUGGUGGAGACUAAUCCAGACGAGGCCACCUACACAGUGAUCAGUGAGCUGACUCUGACGGUGGGUCGUAGCGACGACAACACCCUGAUCGGCUGUGCUGUUGACCACCCUUCUCUGUCCCCGGGUGAGAAGUGGACCGAACAGCCCAUCAGAGUCCUGUUCACCCCAGAUGUCACUAUCCAGCCUCAGAAUGAUCUGCCCAGAGAGGGAGAGAAGUUCAUUAUACAAUGCAUAGGCAAUGGAAACCCGAAGCCCACCUCGUACGUGUGGCGGAAGAAGGAUGGAGAGCUCCCUCUGAUGGCCAAGGUGGACGGUAGUUUCCUGCUCUUUGAGAUGCUCAACAAAUCAGACAACGGGGUGUACCUCUGUCAGGCUGACAACGGAAUCGGGAAGAUGCAGGGAGAGUACACGCUGCUGGUGCAAGAUGGUCCAGACAACAUUGCAGACCCCACUGCCAUGUCGACCUCUUCAGGAGUGGACCAUGCUGUGAUUGGAGGAGUGGUGGCGGUCAUCGUCUUUAUCCUGCUCUGUCUGCUUAUCGUCCUGGGCAGAUACCUCAUCAGACACAAAGGGACAUAUCUGACCCACGAGGCCAAGGGCUGCGACGACGCUCUCGAUGCCGACACGGCUAUCAUCAACGCCGAGGGCGGCCAUUCCGGAGCUGAGGACAAGAAGGAGUACUUCAUCUAGGGAGGCGUCGGGGAGCUUCCGUUCUUCA